GUCCGGUCCGACACACGAUCGAGUUGAUUGAAGGUAGCACUCCUCCAAAGGGUUGUGUCUAUCGAAUGGGCUCAGGCGAAUUGGAGGAGUUGCGAAGGCAGAUUGAUGAAAUGAUUGGGAAGGGAUGGAUCAAGCCGAGUGAGUCGGAGUUUGGUGCACCGGUGUUGUUUGUCCCUAAGAAAGGAGGUAAGUUGCGGAUGUGUAUUGACUAUCGCAGGUUGAAUCGGAUCACGAGAAAGAAUGCAUUUCCUUUGCCACGUAUCGAUGAUUUGCUUGAUGUUGCAGGUGGGUGCAAAGUCUUCAGCAAGAUCGAUCUCAAGUCUGGCUACCACCAGAUCGAAGUCGAUCCUGCGGACCAGCACAAAACCGCAUUCAAAACUCGCGAUGGGUUGUACGAGUUUACCGUCAUGCCCUUCGGUCUCACGAAUGCGCCAGCCACCUUUCAAAGUCUCAUGGACAAAGUGCUCCGCCAUCAGAUUAACCAGUUUGUUGUUGUUUAUCUGGAUGACAUACUAAUCUUCAGCAAAUCGAUGGAGGAGCACAUGAGACACCUUGAGGAAGUGAUGCAGAUCCUCAAGGACGCGCAACUCCAUCUCAACUUGGAGAAAUGUGCAGAGGCGAUCAAGCGCCAUUUUGAGAAACUUGGCAUGCAUGGGGAGCCAGGGAAAGGGAACUACAAGUGGAAAUGCCAAGACUGCGAACUGGUGUUCCCUGGGACCGCGAAGAGCUGUGCAGAGCACUUCAAGUCCACGACAAAAGGGCCCAGGAGCAACAUUAACAGGCUAGGCGGUAGGCUGUCAGCGGAGGAAAGAGAGAAGAGGGAGCUGGGCCGGUUGGAGGGAAUUGCGCUGGUGCUUGGAAAGGCUGUGACACCAGCACUGUCACAGGAUUGCCCCUCUAACGUCGAGGGCACGUACGAACCGGAGGGCGAGGAGGAAAGCAGCAGCCCCCAACCUCUUCAAAACAGGGUCAACACAGGUCUUUCCACCACCGCUAAUGUGCGCAAGUAUUUCUUGCGCAUGAUAGAGAAGGUCCGCGACGCGGAGCGGUCCUUCAUCCCCGUAAAAUAUGACACGCAGCGGACGAAGAGGUUGGACAUGUCCCGGGCGCGGGUCGAGGAGGGGGUUUUGCGGCAGCAGAGAAGUUGGGCUCGAACCGGAUGCAUGCUCCAACUUGAUGGCUGGACUGACAUAAGAGGCAUACCGCACUUGAAUGUCAUGGUCUCCUUUCCGACCGGUGUGCUUUUUUGCCAUGUGCCAUGCGCUGCGCACUGCCUCGACUUGAUGCUGCACGAUAUUGGGAAGAUAGAGUGGGUUGCUGAAACGGUGACGAAGGCGAACGACAUGGUGAAGUUCGUCAUGAACCACCAGCGAGUCAGGGAUGUUUACUACAUCCAUGCAGGUGGAAGACAGUUACUGCGACCCGCGGCAACGCGUUUCGCCACCAACUUUCACAUGCUGGACCGCUUGAAAAAGCAGCGAAAAGCGUUGGUGGCUAUGGUCACAGACGACAUGUGGACAGCGACGUUGGUCCCCCAUGCGCAGCGCUCGACCCUCCACGAGAUGGAAGACAUCAUACUCGAUGCAGCAGGUUCUUGGGAUCUUGUGAACAAGGCAAUCAAUGUCGUUUACGACAUUGUUUUGCUGCUGACACUGAUGGAUGGCAACGGUCCGACCAUCAGCAAGUUUUAUGCGAACAUGGACAGGAUAGUGGAGCGCCUGCGAGUUAACAAGGAUCUGAAAAUGGAUCAGCGGGACGAGAUCGAGGUGAUGGUCAUGCGCAGAUGGAAUGCCAUGACCACCCCCCUCCAUUGUGCAGCCCUGUUCCUGGAUCCAGAGUACAGGUCGUCUGAGCCGCACAAGGAUGCAGAGAUCCAAGAUGGAUUCUACACCUGGGUGUACACAUGGCUCAAAGGGGCGUCACAGAAGGUGUGCGACCAGGUGGAGUAUGAAGUCAAUUGUUGGGUUCAUAACAUUGGCAAGUUCAGCUCGCAGGUGGCUAUGGAUGCAGCCCGUAUGCAGAACCCUGCGGCAUGGUGGAAGCGCUGGUGCAAUGAGCCACAACACUUGCAGCCCCAUGCCAUUCGACUGUUGGGGCAAGGGUCGUCUGCUUCAGGCUGCGAAAGGAAUUGGAGCCUUUUCGCAGCAAUUCACACCAAACAGCGCAAUGGCCUGGCCCCGGAGACAAUGCACAAACUGGUGUACAGCAAGUGGAACAUGCGGCUGCUUGACAUGUUGCAGCAGAUGCUGGAGAGGGCCAAAGACCUUAUUGAAUUGGAUGACCCACCGACAGAGGAGGAGCAAAAGGAGGCCAAAGAAAGAGUGAAGGUGGCUGAGCGACGAUUGAAGAGCCUUACCUCAGCUGGUGACAAUGUUGUUCCACCUGCUGAUGGCGGGGAUGAUGAAGAUGGGGAUGAAGCUGUUGUUCCAUGCCGUAAAGAAUGCAACCUGGAGGAGAUUGAGGAGGGUCAACACGGGGAUUGCCGUGGAUUGACGAAGGCAAACAACUUCCUAAUUAAACGUACCCAAACAGAUGUGCGAAGGAAGGCACGCACCUUGGGAACAGAGGAGCGGAUGCAUGCUCACAAGAAGGGAGGCGGUGACACACUGCCUCAUGGUGCUGCAACGACAACACCACAAAAGGAGACCGGGACAUCGUCGGCACAACCUGAUUCCUCAACGCCAAAAAAAAACUAGAGGCAGGCCAAGAAAAAACCCAUUGACGGAUCUGGACGGUUCACAUGCUGUGACUGCGGAGGGAGAGGACAACCCUGCGCAGAUAACUGAU